CUCAAUGCACUAGCGCUGUUUACGGGAAAGCUCGUAGCUCUGUGUCUAGUCACUCUGUGAAUGUCGCGCGCAGGACCUUCUCCAAAUGAGAGUUCAAACUUUGCAGUCGCGAGGCACAACAUUAUCAUUCUAGGGACAAAGAGGACUUACUUUAACAGAGAGGAAGUGCUCGUUUCUCCUCUUUCGCAGUUUUACAACCAAGGCAGAGUCACAGGUCUGCAGUUCCUCGCGUAUUCCUUGAUCUUUUUCAGCGACUGCUGACUGUGCGAUGUGAGUAACGAUAGACUCCACGGCUGAGAGGGAGUAAGAAUAAAUGGUAAAUCAGCGGCGCUGAUGCCUAUUGACUGAUAGCACCCUGUCAUGGAACUGUUUUCCCUGACACCAGGGAUGUGCGAACUCCAAGAGAGAGCCGCUGCCUGGUAAAGCGCUGUCUGUCCCGGGGAAGUGGAGCAUGCCUCAGACCUGCAGCGCGUCCCUCUAUGCCGCCUGCUGUGUAUUGAGCUGCAGAGGAGGACCCGCUCUCACAUGCCUGCAAGCCAUCUUCUCCCCACUUCCACUAUCCAACUGAUUUUUUGCCACUCUUUUCGUUACCGUCACAGCAUCUCUCUGAAAGGUGAAAAGAUCAAUGAUGAUCAUCUCUGAGAGCUGUUGUCCCCAACAUCUGUAACCGCCAUCGAUUCUGUCCAGCAUGUGGGGAGCGUCCAGACCAAGCGCAAUGGCCUGCUUCUUACUCCGAACAUUAGCAGUCUGCUGCCUCGUGUUAGCAUUGGCUCAUGUUCAGUGCUCAGAAGGUUUCAGCCGAGCCGCACUGCCAUUCGGAUUAGUAAGAAGAGAGUUGUCCUGUGAGGGUUACCCAAUCGAUCUCCGCUGUCCAGGAAGUGAUGUCAUCAUGAUCGAAAAGGCAAACUACGGCCGAACAGACGACAAGAUCUGUGAUGCUGACCCUUUUCAGAUGGAGAACAUUAACUGCUACCUCCCAGAUGCCUUCAAAAUCAUGUCACAGAGGUGCAACAACAAAACCCAGUGCAUCGUCCUCACAGGAGCGGACAGCUUCCCUGACCCUUGUCCAGGGACCUACAAAUACCUUGAGGUCCAGUACGAAUGUGUUCCUUAUAAAGUGGAGCAAAAAGUUUUUGUUUGUCCCGGGACUCUGAAAGCUGUCGGAGAUCCUUCCUUUCUCUUUGAGGCGGAGCAGCAAGCCGGUUCCUGGUGCAAAGACCCGCUCCAAGCAGGUGACAAGGUCUAUUUCAUGCCCUGGACUCCCUACCGCACAGACACACUCAUUGAGUACUCGUCACUCGACGACUUCCAAAACUCUCGGCAAACUGUCACGUACAAGCUCCCUCACCGAGUUGACGGUACUGGCUUUGUGGUGUAUGACGGUGCUGUGUUUUUCAACAAAGAGAGAACACGCAACAUUGUAAAGUUUGACCUCCGGACCAGAAUCAAGAGUGGAGAGGCCAUCAUUAACAAUGCCAACUACCACGACACAUCCCCGUACAAGUGGGGUGGCAAGACAGACAUAGACUUGGCCGUGGACGAGAGUGGGCUUUGGGUCAUCUACGCUACGGAGCAGAACAAUGGCAUGAUUGUUAUUAGCCAGUUGAACCCCUAUACUUUGCGAUUUGAUGCCACAUGGGAGACGGCGUACGACAAGCGCUCCGCAUCCAACGCGUUCAUGAUAUGCGGAGUGCUCUACGUGGUCAGGUCCACAUAUGAGGACAACGAGAGUGAAGUCAGCAAAAGUGUCAUCGACUAUAUUUACAACACGAAUCUCAACCAUGGGGAGUUUGUGGAUAUUCACUUUCCCAAUCAGUACCAGUACAUAGCAGCUGUGGAAUACAAUCCCAGAGAUAACCAGCUCUAUGUGUGGAAUAAUUUCUACGUAUUGCGAUAUAAUCUCGUAUUCGGACCACCGGAUCCAGCAAACGGCCCGGUGAUUUUGGAAGGAACCUUUUCACCAGAACCGGUCAAGACUACCACCACGACCACGACAACCCUCGCGGCCAAGACGGUCGUGAACACGGUGAUGACCACCACCGUUGCCCCAAAGGCUGGAACCAAAGUGUUCAGGCCGCCCCCGCCGCCGGCAGUCCCCGAGAGCACCACUCGUCCCUCUCUGGACUCGUUCCCGCUGCCCGCCCGCUUCUGCGAGAGCGCGGAGAAGAGAGACAUCGUGUGGCCUCAGACCCAGAGGGGCAUGCUGGUGGAGAGGCCCUGCCCCAAAGGGACGCGCGGCACUGCCUCCUACUUGUGCGUGCUUGCCACGGGAGCCUGGAACCCGAAAGGACCAGAUCUCAGUAAUUGUACCUCCCACUGGGUCAAUCAAGUCGCUCAGAAGAUCCGGAGUGGGGAGAACGCGGCAAACCUUGCCAAUGAGCUGGCCAAGCACACCAAAGGGCCCAUCUUCGCCGGCGACGUCAGCUCCACCAUGAGACUGAUGGAGCAGCUUGUCGACAUCCUGGACGCUCAGCUUCAGGAGCUGAGGCCGAGCGAGAAGGACACUGCGGGUCGGAGUUUUAACAAGCUUCAAAAGCGAGAAAGGACAUGCAGGGCAUAUAUGAAGGCCAUUGUAGACACAGUGGACAACCUCCUGAGGCCUGAGGCCCUGAAGUCGUGGAGGGAUAUGAACGCCACAGAGCAGACUCACGCUGCGACCAUGUUACUGGAUACUCUGGAGGAGGGAGCUUUUGUCCUGGCAGACAACCUAAUGGAGCCUGCCAUUGUGAAAGUACCUGCUAACAAUAUAAUUCUGGACGUCUACGUGCUCAGCACAGAUGGUCAGGUGCAGGAUUUUAAGUUUCCGCAGACGAGCAAAGGUGGAGUUUCGAUUCAGCUGUCUGCCAACACGGUGAAGCUCAACAGCAGGAAUGGAGUUGCUAAGUUGGUGUUUGUGCUCUACAAACACUUGGGACAGUUUCUCAGCACUGAAAAUGCGACCAUCAGACUGAACAAUGAAAUACAUGGACGCAACCACUCUGUGGCUGUCAACUCCGAUGUCAUCGCUGCGUCCAUCAACAAGGAGUCCAGUCGGGUCUUCAUAUCAGACCCUGUGAUUUUUACCUUGGAGCAUAUUGAUACGCAACACUACUUCAACUCCAACUGUUCGUUCUGGAACUACUCGGAGCGGAGCAUGACUGGAUACUGGUCGACACAAGGCUGCAAGCUCGUCACAGGGAAUAAAACACACACUACCUGCUCCUGCAGUCACCUCACCAACUUUGCAGUGCUGAUGGCCCAUCGAGAAGUUGGGGUCAAAGGCGAAGUGCACGAGCUCCUGCUGACGGUCAUCACGCGUGUGGGAAUCAUCAUCUCGCUGGUGUGCCUGGGCGUCAGCAUCUUCACCUUCUGCUUCUUCCGUGGCCUGCAGAGCGACCGCAACACCAUCCACAAGAACCUGUGCAUCAACCUCUUCAUCGCCGAGUUAAUUUUUUUAAUUGGGAUCGACAUGACGGAACCCAGGAUUGGCUGCUCCAUCAUCGCAGGGAUUCUGCAUUUCUUCUUCUUGGCCUCCUUCAGCUGGAUGUGUCUGGAGGGCGUCCAGCUUUACCUCAUGCUGGUCGAGGUCUUCGAGAGUGAAUACUCACGCAAGAAAUACUACUACGUGUCCGGCUACCUUUUCCCCACCAUAGUGGUCAUCGUGUCCGCUGCCGUCGACUACCGCAGUUAUGGGACGGAAAAGGCGUGUUGGCUAAGGGUGGAUAAUCAUUUCAUCUGGAGCUUCAUAGGACCUGUUACCUUCAUCAUUAUGUUAAAUCUGAUCUUCCUGGUCAUAACCAUGUAUAAAAUGGUCAAGCACACGACUUCACUGAAACCUGAUUCCAGCCGGCUGGAGAAUAUAAAUAAUUAUCGUGUAUGCGACGGCUACUAUAAUACCGAUUUGCCAGGCUAUGAGGAUAAUAAACCGUUCAUCAAAUCUUGGGUUCUUGGAGCUUUUGCUCUGCUCUUCCUCCUGGUUCUGACGUGGACAUUUGGAUUGUUCUUCAUCAAUGAGUCUUCUGUGGUCAUGGCCUAUCUCUUUACAAUAUUCAACACCAUCCAGGGGAUGUUUAUCUUCAUAUUCCACUGCCUUCUUCAAAAAAAAGUGCGAAAGGAGUAUAGCAAAUGCUUCCGUCACACUUACUGCUGUGGAACUUUGCCAACUGAAAGUUCCCACAGUUCAACCAAGACAUCAACCACAAGGACCAGUGCCCGCUACUCCUCUGGCACCCAGAGUCGUAUUCGGAGAAUGUGGAACGACACCGUCAGAAAGCAAUCUGAAUCUUCCUUUAUCUCAGGCGACAUCAACAGCACAUCAACCCUUAACCAAGGAAUGACAGGCAAUUAUCUUCUAACUAACCCUCUCCUCCGACCGCAAGGCACUAACAACCCCUAUAACACUUUACUGGCUGAAACGGUCGUGUGUAACACGCCCGCUGCCCCCGUCUUUAACUCUCCAGUGACCUACAGAGAGACAAGACACUCACUGAGCAGCAAGAGGGAAACAAGUGCAAUGGAUACUCUACCGCUAAAUGGUAACUUUAACAAUAGCUAUUCACUGCGUAACGGAGACUACGGGGACAGUGUGCAAGUGGUGGAUUGUGGACUAAGCAUAGACGACGCAGCUUUCGAGAAAAUGAUCAUCUCGGAGCUGGUGCACAAUAACCUCAGGGCCUGCAACAAGACUCACAACACGGAGCGAACUUCUUCUUCUUCUUCAACCAAAGUGGCCGUCGGGGUCGGUGGCAGCAGUGGCAGCGAAGACGACGCCAUCAUGGCCGACGCCUCGUCUUUGGUGCACGCUGCCAACCCGCGGCUGGAGCUGCACCAGAGGGAGUUGGAGGCGCCGCUGAUCCCACAGCGGACACACUCCCUCCUCUACCCCCCGCAGGACAAGGGCAAACUGGAGUGUAUGGAGAGCUACAUCUCUCCCUUGACGCCAGAAACGGACGACAACCUGCAGUCCCCCAAUAGAGACUCUUUGUACACUAGUAUGCCUAAUUUGAGGGACUCACCUUAUCACGAGUGUAGCCCAGACAUAGAGGAGGACCUUUCUCCGUCCAAGAGGAGCGAAAGUGAGGAUGUCUACUAUAAGAGCAUGCCAAACUUGGGCGCUGGGCAUCAACUGCAUGCCUAUUACCAGAUAAAUAAAGUGGGAGACGGCUACAUUAUUCCCAUAAGCAAAGAUGGAUGUAUUCCCGAGGGGGAUGUGCGGGAAGGACAAAUGCAGCUCGUCACGAGCCUUUAGACCGAUUUAAAUAUUCACCACUGUACUCUUGGCAAUGUAGUAAGAUGUGUCGAGGAUUCUCUCCACAUGUCCAGGUAUCCACCAAAUUUUCAUCUGCAUCUUCAACCUUGAAGAACAUUUAUGACUAUGGGGAGGGUAGUAUGAGAUUGUUUGAUUUUGCCAGGACUGUAUAUAAAUUGAAGAAUAAAAAAACAGCCCAAUAAUGUAUUUAUAUGUUCUUCUGUUGCUGGAAAAAAUGAAAAGAUAUUUAAAAAAUAUACACAAAAAAGACAACCAUUCCAAAAAAAACAGUUUCUUACAUAAAUUUGUACAUAUAAUACACAUGAGCAUAAUGACACACACAAUCAACAUGAUCACUGUCUAAACCUGUUUUGUAUUAUAUACAAAAUGGAAUGUUUGACUGCUGAAAUGUUCCUGAAGACACUAUUGGAUUUGGAAGAGGUCUUGAGUUUUGGGAGGCCCUGUGAGAGAAAAAAAUAACCACUAGCAAUCAAGCCCCAGGCCUUAUUUUCUCCAGUGUAUAUUGAACUCUUGACAAGACAAAAAAUACAAAAUAUUUAUAUAUAUUUUGUUGUAUUGCUAGUGAAAUCAAUGACAACUAUAAUUAUGAAGAAAACAUUUUAAUUAAAAAAAAACUAUGUUUUGAAGAGACUAUUGUGUAAAAAAAAACCUCACUCAUUGGUGGUCAGUGUUUCCUCCCUGCAUAUACAGUACAUCCCAUUUCUAGCUCAUGCAAGUGAACCGGUGGACAUCAUCCAGAGGAAACGCGUAGUCAUUUCAGCUCAUGUAGAAUGCUCCGACUCAGAGUGCCGCUUUGUGAUGUGAAUCUGUAGAACAGAUGAAUAUGCGAUGGACUGGUAGGCCCCUUGUUCUGGACUCAAUUUCCCCCUGUAGUUUCUCAUUUGAAUUGGGUUUUUUGUUUGUUUGUUUGUUUGUUUUAUUAUUCUCCCCCACCCCCUCGAAACAGUGAACUUUUGUGAAUAUUUUCAAGCACUGAUAUACAUGGUUCAUUAUUUUAUAUAAGCGUGAUAUUAAGACAUUCAUCACUUUCAAAAGAAAUGUAAAGGUCCACACUUCGUAAACAAUAAAUACAUGUGAAUCUUUUUGUCAAA